UAACGUUUCUUUGCAUUUCUGUUCUGUUCUUCAGUCGAAGUUAGUCGGUGUUUUACUUUACGGUCUUUUAGACGUGGUUUGAACAGUAGUAUUUGGUGGCAUUUGAAGCAGCAUUUUGUAGAAUCUAAGCUCUUUGUGAAAAUCUUUUUUUACUUUACGUUUAGUUGUUCUACGUGUUAUUAGAAGGCGCAUUUAAAAUGUCGGAGCCGAUUCGUGUUGUUGUAACUGGUGCUGCCGGUCAGAUCGCCUAUUCGCUACUGUAUAUGAUCGCCAAAGGUGACGUAUUCGGACCGAACCAGCAACUGAUCCUACAUUUACUGGACAUUCCACCGAUGAUGGGCGUCCUGGAGGGUGUUGUCAUGGAACUAGCCGAUUGUGCACUGCCACUGCUGGCCGGUGUUGUUCCAACGGCCGACCCGGCUGUUGGCUUCAAGGACGUCAGUGCUGCUUUCCUGGUUGGUGCAAUGCCUCGCAAACAAGGUAUGGAACGUAAAGACCUGCUAUCGGCUAAUGUGAAGAUCUUCAAGGUUCAAGGGGAAGCACUGAAUAAUUUUGCUAAAAAGGAUGUUAAAGUUCUUGUGGUUGGUAAUCCGGCAAAUACCAAUGCCUUGGUAUGCUCCCACUACGCGCCUACGAUUCCGAAGGAGAAUUUUACCGCCAUGACUAGGCUCGAUCAAAAUCGUGCUCAAGCACAAAUCGCAGCUCGUCUUUCUGUGGGUAUCUCUAAGGUAAAGAACGUGAUCAUCUGGGGAAACCAUUCUUCAACCCAAUACCCGGACGCGAAAAACGCUACCGUCGAGGUGGGCGGUACCAAGAAAAGCGUGGUCGAUGCUGUCGCCAAUAACGACUACCUUAAUGCGGAAUUCGUUGAAACCGUUCAGAAGCGUGGUGCUGCGGUCAUUAAUGCUAGAAAAAUGUCGUCGGCUAUGUCAGCGGCUAAGGCAGCCAGUGAUCACAUGCGUGAUUGGUUCGCCGGUACCAAGGACGGCGAGUUUGUGUCUAUGGGUGUUGUAUCCGAUGGUAGCUACGGAACACCUAAGGAUAUCGUCUUCUCCUUCCCGGUUCAAAUCCAAAAAGGACAGUGGAAGAUCGUGCAGGGCUUGUCCGUUGACGAGUUUGCCCGUGGCAAGCUGGACCUGACGGCCAAGGAAUUGCUGGAGGAGAAAGAGGAAGCAAUGUCCGUGUGUGCUUCGGAUUGACUAACAAAACUGUAAAAUGAAAUGUUUGUAGAAACUAUGCAAAAGUACGACCAAGUUUGGCGUGGAAGAUGAAGAUUCGAUGACCAUAUGGUCGGGAUGCAACCAAACCGAAACAAUCGCCAUUUUGUUACAAGUGAGUCAUUAACACCAGUGGAUGUGAAAUUUGAUAAUCUAUUUGAAUAGUUUGUAAUGGUAUAAUACCAACAAUUCUUUGGAGCAAGUUGCAUAAAAUGCACGGGGUAGUUAAACUUUUAAUUCCAAUCGCUCAAAAUAAAGCUUUUGGCGCUUGGUUUGGUUUCGUUGUACCCCGAGCAUAUUCUGAGCGAGUGUUUAUCUUCCUGUAAAAGUAGAAAAUGGUAAUCUUAAUGUUUUUUUUUUGUUAAAAAUAUUUCUACAAAAAAAAAAUGGUUUGGCGCAUUUGCAAAUAAAAUCAUGCGCAGGAAUGUUCUAAGCGAUCAUCAAAAUAAAUAAAAUAAACCGAAUAGAGUGGGCGCCGUUCAGUUAUUUUAUAUUUGGUUGUUUCUUCAAAAAUUUUAUUUUACUUUUUACCACCAUGCACCUUGCACAUAAAACGAACCGGAAACAAAAUACUAGGCAUUUGAGAUUAACAUACCCCGAUGUCGCAUAGCGAAAGCAAAAAAAGAAUACAUAGCAUUUAAUGUUAGUUGCAAUAGAUGAUAAUCACUGCUUCCAAUCUGCAUAUAAGAAAGUUUAAUAAAGUCUCCAAAAACACCAAA